UGGGCAGAUCGGUCUUCCCUCUGUUGAUAUUUCUUUGCCUAAAGUGAAGGGAAAGACUGACAUAUUGAUCAAAGAUCACGAAGGAAUUAGGAAGACUGCAAUCAACAUGCCUGCCAGUGACAUCUCUGUAGCUGAUAUUGAUUUGGAAUUAGACAGCGGACGGAGAAUUCCUGAUGAGGUCGAGGGCACUUUUAAAGGGCCCAAGAUCUCUAUGCCAAAGGUUGAUAUCUCACUACCUAAGAUGGGAUCAUCGGUGGACACUGAGUGCCCAGAAGUGGAAGGAAAAUUCUCUCUACCUUCUGUUGAGCUCUCACUCCCAAAGGUCCAAUCAGACAGUGGAGAUGUCCAUAUGGACUACUAUGUUGGUGGUGAUGGAAAAUUCAAAAUGCCUGAUUUUGACAUUUCUCAACCAGGAGAAGUAAACAUAAGGGGACAAGGUGUGGAAGGGGAAUUCAAGUUACCCAAAGUGGACCUGAUCCUUCCCAAAGGCAAAGCAGGAGUGACUGAUGUUGAAGGGGAAGGAAAUUUUCAUUUACCACCAAGUGAAAUGCAGAUACCCUCUGUUGAUAUUUCUCUUGAAAAGGGAAGGGCAAAGGGCAAAAUUGAAAUGGAGGCUCCCUCUGCUAAAGGACGAUUCAAAAUGCCUUCACUUGAUGUCAGACUCCCUAAGAUGGGAACAUCUGAAACUGAGGCUAAUUUACAUGGUUCUGAUAUCAAAGGAGGGAAAAUUGAACUGCCAUCAAUAGAUGUUUCUCUGUCAAAAGACAAGGGAGGGGCUGAAACUGAUGGAAAAGGAAGCAAUUUUAAAAUGCCUUCAUGUAAUAUAUCCCUACCAAAACUGAAGCCAUCUGAAAAAGAGGUUGUUUUAGAAGGAAGUGAAGUAAAAGGAGGCAAACUCAGCAUGCCCACUGUAGACAUUUCUCCUCCAAAAAUAAAGCUACCUGACCCUGAUAUCAAACUUGAAAGACCAGAACUUCCAGGUGUUGACUUUUCACUAUCCAAGCCAAACAUUGAGGCCAAUGUGGAGCUCAGUGGCAGUGGGGGUGGCAAGUUCCAGCUCCCAACUUUUGAUAUCUCACUUCCAAAGGUGCCCACCAAAGAAGGAGAAUUUGAUAUUGAAUCUAAAGCAAAAGGAGGAGCAAAGUUCAACGUCCUUGACUUCUCUCUUCCUGUAAUGAAAUCACCAGAGGGAGAGGUAAAGAUUGAGAGCCCUGAAGUCAAAGGAAGAAAAUUCCAGAUGCCUUCUUUGGAUGUCUCACUACCAAAGAUGAAGAUGCCUGAGGGAAAUCUUGUCCUAGAAGGACCUUCUCUUGACAUCUCUCCUCCAAAGGGAAAAGCAAAAGGAAAAGCAGAGGGUGACAUACAAGUAAAAAGUAAAGGAGAACCUUUUCAAAUCCCUUCAGUUGAUGUUUCUCUACCUCAAAUUAAAUCAAAGCAAGGUGAUACAAAUGUUGAAGGACCAGAAAUUACCUUUGAAGGUAAUGGGAAAGGAGGCAAAUUCAAUUUGCCAUCUGUUGACAUUGAUCUUCCUGUUGUAAAAAUGCCGACUGUUGAUAUUUCACUUCCAAAAGGUAAAGAAGAGGGAGAAGUUGACACUGGCAUUGACAUAAACACUGAAGGGCCUGAAUGUAGAGGAGGAAAGAUAACACUGCCAAAAUUUGACAUUUCUUUACCAAAGGUAAAUUUUCCUGAGGGUGAUGUCAAAUUAAAAGGACCUGAAACAAAGGGAAGAAAGAUUGAAAUGCCAGAUAUUGACAUAUCACUCCCCAAAGGAAAAGUAGGGGGGGAAAUAGAAGGGCACACUGGCAAAAGCAACAAGUUCAACAUGCCCUCUAUUAACAUCUCUCUCCCUAAAAUAAAAUCUAAAAGACCACAUAUAGAUACUGAAGGUCCUCAAGGCAAAGGUGGAAAACCAAACAUGCCAUCCAUAGAUCUUUCUGCACCUAAUAUAAAAUCUCAGGAUGUAGAUGUCGCGCUCGAGGGUCCUGAUGUCAAGGGAGGGAAGAUCAAAAUUCCAUCUGUUGAUGUUUCACUUCCUAAAGGAAAGGUUGAGGGCAGCCUUGAUGUCGAGGGCCCUGAGAUGAAAAGGAGCAAAUUCAAAAUGCCAAAAUUUGAUGUUUCUUUGCCUAAAGUCAGUCUCCCAGAAGGUGGUGUAAAAAUAAAGGGCCCUGAUACUAAAGGUGGGACAACUGAGAUACCCGAAAUUGAUAUUUCACUCCCUAAAGCAAAAGCACACGGAGAAAUUGACGGGCAUGCUGAAAAGGGUGGAAGGUUUCAUAUGCCAUCUGUCUCUCUUCCUAAAAUCAAAGCAACGGGACCUCAAUUCAACAUAGAAGGUGCAUGUCCAGGGUUUGAGAUUUUACUACCUGAAGGAAAAGCUGAAGUUGACCUCAACAUCGAAGGUCCUGGCAAUAAAGGACGCAAAUUCACAAUGCCCAAAGUUGAUAUUUCACUUCCAAAGAUGAACUUCCCAGAAGGUGAUAUCAAAGUGGAAGGACCCAACGUGAAGGGAGAAAAGGUUACAGUUCCAGAGGGUACCGUAGAGGGAGAUAUCAAUAUUGAAGGACUCUCUGAAAAAGGAAGGUUUGAUAUCCCGAAGGUUGAAGUUGAUAAAAAAGGAGGUGGAUUCCAUAUGCCAAGUCUUGACAUAAAUCUGCCCAAAUUUGACCUUGACCUCAGCCUGCCCUCUGGUGUAAAAGCUAAAGGCUUCAAAGUUGAUACUCUAAGUCCUGAUGCAUCUGGAGAUUUGGAGAUGUCUGGUCUUACAGGAGGCCUUAAUCCUGCCAAAUUGGAAGUUAAGAAUGAAGAUAUAGAGACAGGUGGUCUAGAAGGUCCAGGUGCAUCCCUAAAACUUCCCACAGUAAAACUACCAACAGUUGACAUCUCAGCUCCAAAGAUGGAUCUCAAUUUUGGCCUUACAAAACCCAAAGGUGAUGAUGUGGAAGUAGAACUUCUGAAAGCAGAAGGAGGGAGGCCUUCUUCAGGGGGCAGCUUUGAUCUACCUGUUUUCCUCAAAGUACCUAGUUUCACUCUUCCUAGGUUUGGGGGAAAGACAAAGAGCUGUAACUUGGAAAUACCAGUACCUAAGGGAGAUACUUCACUCAGUUCACCACAUGUAGAAGGAGAGAUCAGAGCACCAUCGGUGGAGUUUGAUGGAGGUGGAAAAGUCAAGGUGAAAAAACCUAAAAUCAAACUGCCCUCAUUUGGCAUGUCCAAGAAGGCUGCAGAUGUAUCAGUCUCUUGUCCUGAUGUUGAUGUUAAAGGGAAAAAGGGAAAAAUUGACAUUCAUCAACCAGAUAUCAAUGUUGACAACUCAGAUGACAUGUCAAAAUACAAAAUGAAAUUUCCCAAGUUAAAAAUAUCAUCACCCAAAAGUGAACUCCCAGAGGAGAAAGUUGAAGCAAAACUGGAUGCAGAUGUAGAGGCAAAAGGUGGCUUCCAUGCACCUGACGUCUCUUUAAAACUGCCAAAGUUUUCUAUCCCAGGCUUUGUCUCUAAAGAAAAAGACCUAGGUAAGCCAAGUGGUGACCUUGAAGCUAAAACCAAGGUCAAGAUGCCUUCUGUUGAGCUCUCGUUACCAGCAGCUAAAACACCAGAGACUGAGGUUCUUCUCCCAAAAGCAGAAGUUGAUGUUACAGAGGCUGAUAUAAGAGGUUAUGAGGGAAACCUUAAAAUUCCCAAAAUGCCAACGAUUGAUGUUUCUCUCCCCAAAUUAGACCUUGAUGUGUCCUUGCCCAGAGGAAAGUCUCCAAAGAUUGAAGGACCAGACCUGGAGCUAAAAGGGGGUGACGGAAAAUUCAAAAGGCCUCAUUUUAAUAUGCCUGCACUUGAUAUUUCACUUCCAAAAGCAAAGACUGAUUCACCAGAUUUAGAAAUGAAGGAGACUACAGAGGGAAAGUUAAAAAUGCCCAACAUUGACAUAUCGCUUCCUAAAGGAAAACUCAAAGGUACUGAGGCAGAAAUAGAAGUGGAUGGACAAGGAGAAGCAAAAGUCAAAACACCUUAUCUGAAAAUGCCCAAUGCUGAUGUUUCUCUGCCUAAAGGUCAUAUUGAAGGUCCAGAGAUAGAGAUUCAAGGAGAAGGUGGAAAAUUCAAGAUGCCACAUCUAAGCAUGCCUUCUGUUGAUAUUUCAUUGCCCAAAGGGAAGAUUGGAGGUCCAGAUGUUGAAGUAGAAGGACAUGGCCAAGGAAAAUUUAAGAUGCCUCACUGGAAAAAGCCAGAUGUUGAUAUCUCUCUAACCAAAGGACAGAUUGAAGGUCCAGAAGUGGAGUUAAAGGGGGAAGGUGGGAAAUUUAAGAUACCACAUCUAAGCAUGCCCUCUGUUGAUAUUUCACUGCCCAGCGGAAAGACUGGAGAUGCAGAGACUGAAACAGAAGGAAAUGAAAGAGCGAAAUUCAAAACACCACAAAUGAAAAUGCCUUCAGUUGAUAUUUCAGCACCCAAGGGAAAGAUUGAAGGUGCAGAUAUCGAAAUGAAUGUUGAUGUUUCUCUACCUAAAGUAAAAGUUGAAAGUCCAGGAGUUCGAGAUGUAGAGAUCAAAGGAGAAGCUGGAAAAUUCAAGAUGCCCCACAUCAAUAUGCCUUCAGUUGAUAUUUCACUACCUAAAGGAAAAACAGAAGGUGCAGAGAUCGAGCUGGAAGGAGGUGCAGGGGGGGGGAUCAGAAUGCCUCAGGUCAAAAUGCCAGGUUUUAACGUCUCUCUACCCAAAGGAAAAGCUGGCAAAAUUAAAGGAGAGAUUGAAAUUGAGGGAGAUGGCAGCAAAAUGCCACAUAUGACAGUGCCUUCAGUCAAUAUUUCACUUCCAACGGGAGAGACUGAAGGUGCCAACGCUGCAAUUAAGGGUGAGGGAGGAAUAUUCAGGAUGCCAAAAGUUGACAUUUCUCUUCCUAAAGGAAAACCUUCAGUGCGAGGUCCUGAGGCAGAUAUCAGGGGAGAUAGAGGAGAGUUCAAGAUGCCAAAUGUGGGCAUAUCACUUCCCAAGGGAAAAGUAAACAUUGAUACACCAGCAGAGAAAAUGGAGACAGAGGGAGGAAUCAUCAAACUGCCAGAUAUCAAGAUGCCAAAAGUUGAUAUUUCACUCCCGAAAGGCAAAAGUAAAGGUAGUGAGGUAUCUGUUGUAGAGAUGAAAGUAACCAGUUCUGAUAUUAAAGUUCCAGAGGGAGAAAUACUACUGCCAAUGGCUAAAACCACUGAAGCAGAGAUUAACUUACCAAGUGGUAAGGCUGAUCUGGACACUGGGGUUCUUGGAGAAGCUGAUUUGCAUUUUGAGGGUGAGCACAAAGGCCUAAAAUUAAAAGUCCCGACAAUAGAUAUCAAAGGUCCAAAAGGAGGCUUAGAACUUGAUACUGGACUUCACAAAGGGGAGGGCAAAAAGGACAGGAAAAAAGUUGAUCUACCUGACUUAGAUGUCACUACAGAAACCAGCAGCAAAGUAAAAGGGCCUAAAGUCAAAGGAACAAAAUUCAAGAUUGGAAUGCCAAAAAAGAAAAACGGUGGAGAAAGAUUUGAGUAUUUUGAAGUUGAAACCCAGAAUGGUCAUAAAGGUGACAAAAAUCGUGUUAACCAUCCAGUACCAGAAGUUACAUUACCAAGUGUAAGUCUAAAAACAGAAGUGAAAGGAGAGGGUGGCUCCUCAUCUCCACAUGCAGGAAUCAGAGUCCCCAAAAUACCAGACAUAGAGUUUGAUAUUGGCUCAUCUCAAGAUGGAGAUAACAGCAAAACAGAAAAAGGCAAGAAAAUCAAAAUCCCUAAGUUUGGCGUCCCAUUACCCUCCCUAUCCUCACCAGAGGAAAGUGUGAAUGUCCAUGGGCCAGAAAUUCAGUAUGAGGGCCCUAAAAUGCCUAAAGUAAAGAAAGCGGUUUUUGUCUUGGUAGACACUCCUCCAACAAAUGAGCCUGCUACAAGCACAAGUCCCUUAAAAGGGGAAGCAAUGGCUGAGGCUGAGACAGAGACUGUCAAAGUGAAGAUGCCCAAAAUCAAAAAGAAGCCAAGCUUUGGAAAGUCCAAAGAAAAGUCAGCUGCUGCAAGUGCAGAAAAAGAAGGGGCAGAAGAAGAAAAGUCAAAGGGGGGAAGAAUAAAGAUGCCUAAAGUGUCGUUUUCGUCUGGCAAAUCUGCAUCAUUUGGUGGUGACACUGUCAAAAGAGAAGGUUCAAGUUCAAGUCUCAAUGGUGAAAGCCCUCACAAGGGCUCCAAGGAAGAGAAGGUGGCAUUCAGUGGUAAAAUCAAACUCCCAAAGGUGGAGUUCACCAGUCUAUAUGGGAAGACGGGUGCAAGAGGAGCAGACAUGGAAACAAGUGGGGAACUGGGAAAGCAUUCAUCACCAGAAGAAGUACAAUCAAGCACAAUGUUACCAGGGGGUUUCACUGAGGAGCCUUUGAAGGAUUUGGUGUCUUCUCGUGCCAGAACAGAAAUGCUGGACAGGGACAGCUCAGAGUCCCCUUCUGGUUUUGCCACAGAGUUCACCUCAACAAAGUUUCAAGCUUGGAGCAAGGUGGAGAGCAAAAGCAGGGAAUCAGAAGAGAGAGAGUCUUCCUCAUGGUUUAAGGUCCCAAAGGUCACCUUGAAGCCACAUGCCACAGGCUUCCUCCAGAUAACUCCAGAGAGUUCUCCUCAGGCCCAGCAGAAAGGUGAGGUAGGGGGUGAGGCAGAUGUCUCGGGGUCUUUCUGCCUCCACACCUCAGGGCUCGACUUCACCACCUCGCAAAUGACCGAAGAGCACCAAAUCUCUUCCUCCGAGGAGGGAACUGUCACCAUGGUGACAAAGACUACCAGAAUCACCCACCUGGCUGAAACACGAACAGACGAGUCUUCAACGACCACAGCAACAACAAAGACAACAACAGCAGCUCACCAGGUGUCAAAGUACUGAAGAUGCUGGAAUGGUAUCUUUAAUGUAUUUUACUUUUCUUGUUAUUUGUUGUUUAGUUUUUUUGUGAGGUUGCCGUGUUAAUAUAAAGUAAACCUCUAAUAAAAGGACAAUUCAUCCCCAAAUUAGUGAUACAUUAGUUUUUUCUUCUGACCUGUAGUGCUGUUUAUCUACUGAACUUUUUUGAACUGAUUAUUUGUGGGCUCCACACAUCAUUUCUCCAGCUAAUAUCGCCAAAACUGGGCAACUCUAACCAAAUCAAUUUAGAUGGAUAAAUAGUAACAUAGCCCAGAGGAACACCGUGUAUAUUAAUUUGGGGUUCAUCUGUGCCUUAACAAAAAAAUUUAUAUUAUAUUUUCAUAGAUGAUGUAUGAAUGUGAUGAACUACAAUAACAUUACAUCAAGCAGUAUUAUUGUCAUUAUUAUAGCUAAAGAUUACUAUAUAUUUCCUUCUCUCAUCUUACAUGUGACGACUUUUUUUGUUACGGUUUGUUAGUUUAGUCCAAAUUAUUUAUCCGAUUUUGUUUGGUUUUUAAAGGUUUCACUCUGAAUGUAAACAUGUCGGACUGCUUCAUUAUUUAUUUUUGUUUUGUGUUUGAAAUGCGCUGGAAAGAGUCUUUUACUCACAUCGACUUCAUGGUUCAUGAUUCAGUUCCAUGAUCAUUUAAAAAUAUUUCAUUAUGAACCAUCACAACGUAGGCCAGAGGAAUAUUUAUGUAAAUAAAACAAUAUAAUUGCUUUUUUGAAGCUGUUUCCUUUUCAGUUCAAAAUGUAUUUUCAUAUUUACCAAAGCAUAAAUGAUAUUGUUUUGACCUGAAACAAUGUUUUGUUUAUCUUGAAGAAAAAGUGUGAACUUUCUGAGAUUAUGGGCUUUUUUUUGCCAUAGUUUUAUAUAUUAGCACAUUUAGCCUGUGCUUUUUUUUUUUUCCCAGAGACGGUCAGUGAGUAAGCAGGACGCUCUGGACUCUUUAUCUGCUGUGGGGAUCAAACCUGUGACUAUCUGGUUAUAGGUUGCUCUCAAAUAUUUAGCCCAACCUGCUGCUAAUAUAUUUUUUAUUAAUGUUUUUACUGUACAAUGCCAAAAAAAAAGGGCACCACUGUAUUUUUUGUGAAUGAGGCUGUAGCUUUAAAAUACACUGAUAUUUCUGAAGCUCGGCUGUUAAGUAUUGUUGCGUUUCAAAACAUCAGCAGUGAGCUGGAUGGAAAUUUGGGGAUUUAAACCAGAAAUUCAGAAAUUUUAGAGAGGAAACUGUAAAGUUUAUUCUGUUGAUCCAAGUUGCUAAAAGGCUGCUAGAGUGAGACUAGUGGGGGUGGCGUGUCUUGAUCUUGUUGCAAAGCAAUCGUGUUAGAAAAAAAGGCAGAAAACAGAGUUAUAAAUAUUUCUAAAAACACCAAAAAUUACUGUCGGAGUGAUUGAAACUUUAAGUGCCUUUGCCCAGUACAAUUUAAACAAUGUAUCUACUAUUUAAUGUAUAAACUGUUUUAAAAUGGAAUAAUCUUCUUGAAUAUCAGUUUUUAUGUCUCUAAAUUUUGAUAUUUAAGUUUAAUUUAUAAACAAAGAACUUACCAUUUAUAAACAUGUUUGUAAUUUUUCUGGUAUUCUGUUAAAACGUCCUACCUUAGAUGAUACACCAAUCAGGCUUUUUGAAAGGUUUUCUAUUUUCAAGUAGAUGUAAAACAUUUAAGAAUAAACACUUUUAUGUUUCCUUUAUUUGGUUGACUGAUGGAAUGAAGCUGCGUGGUAAAAUGCAUGAAUCCAUAAAAGAGUUGUCUCAUUAACAACGUUUAGCACAGUGCCUUUUUUUGCAGCUGAGAACUAGAGCUUUAAUAAAAAAGCUGAGACGAGUAGUGACAUGUGAAGGUAACGCGCACUGAGGCAGGUUGUACAUGCAGAGAGAUUUUUAACUUUCUGGUUUAACGAGGUCUUCGAAUUUCUUUUUGAUUCUAAGGGUUUCAGUGGCAAGUGUUUUGUCAGAGCUGCAUUGAAGGAAUGUUUGUAAAGAUGUUACUUAAAUAAAGUAAUAUUCACACAAAAA